AUGGGCCGGGCCCCGCCGGGCGAGCGCCGGACGCCCGGCCCCGAGCCCGCCGCGCCGCCCGCGUCUCCGCCGCGCCCUCCCCGCGCCCGCGCCCGCGUCCUGGCGCUGCUCGGGGCCUUGCUGGCCGCUGCCGCCGCCGCCGCCGCCGCCCGGGCCUACGCCCGCCACGCCGAGGCCCAGGCGGCCGCGCUGCAGGAGUCAGCCCUGAAGGCUCUGGGCAACGAAGGCCUCUUCCUCUUCUCCUCCCUGGACACUGAUGGGGACUUGCACAUCAGCCCCGAGGAGUUCAAGCCCAUCGCCGAGAAGCUGACAGGUUCAACCCCAGUGACCAACUAUGAGGAGGAGGAGGAGCUGCCCCCUGACCCCAGCGAGGAGACACUCACCAUUGAAGCCAAAUUCCAGCCUCUGCUCCUAGAGUCUAUGACCAAGAGCAAAAAUGGGUUCCUAGGGGUUUCCCACCUGGCCCUGUCAGGCCUCCACAACUGGACAAGAGCAGCCUCACCAAGUGCCGUGUUUGCUGCUCGCCACUUCCGACCUUUCUUACCUCCGCGGGGUCAGGUGGAGCUAGGCAGGCCCUGGUGGAUCAUCCCCAGCGAGUUGAACAUCUUCACUGGCUACUUGUCCAACAACCGCUUCUACCCACCAACACCCAAGGGCAAGGAGGUCAUCAUCCACAGGCUCCUGAGCAUGUUCCACCCAAGGCCCUUUGUAAAGACCCGCUUCGCCCCUCAAGGAGCUGUUGCCUGCCUGACAGCCAUCAGUGACUUCUACUACACAGUCAUGUUCCGGAUCCAUGCUGAGUUCCAGCUCAGUGAACCACCCAGCUUUCCGUUCUGGUUCUCGCCUGGCCAGUUCACCGGCCACAUCAUCAUCUCCAAAGAUGCUACCCACGUCCGAGACUUCCGGCUCUUUGUGCCCAACCACAGGUCUCUGAACGUCGACAUGGAGUGGCUGUAUGGAGCCAGCGAGAGCAGUAACAUGGAGGUGGACAUCGGCUACAUACCACAGAUGGAGCUAGAGGCCAUAGGCCCCUCAGUACCCUCUGUGAUCCUGGAUGAGGAUGGUAACACCAUUGACAGCCGCUUGCCCUCAGGAGAGCCCCUCCAGUUUGUGUUUGAGGAGAUCAAAUGGCAGCAGGAGCUCAGCUGGGAGGAGGCUGCUGGACGCCUGGAAGUGGCUAUGUACCCCUUCAAGAAGGUUGCUUACCUGCCAUUCACAGAGGCCUUCGACCAGGCCAAAGCCAAGAAGAAGCUUGUACAUUCCAUACUGCUGUGGGGGGCCCUGGAUGACCAGUCUUGCUGAGGUUCCGGGCGAACUCUCCGGGAGACAGUCCUGGAAAGUUCGCCCAUUCUCACCCUUCUCAAUGAGAGCUUCAUCAGCACCUGGUCCUUGGUGAAGGAACUAGAAGACCUGCAGAACAAUCCACAGAGUGCCGCCCACAAGGAACUGGCCAGCCUGCACCUAGAAAAGUACAGCUUCCCAGUGGAGAUGAUGGUCUGCCUGCCCAACGGCACCGUGGUCCACCACAUCAAUGCCAACUACUUCUUAGACAUAACGUCCAUGAAGCCUGAGGAAGUUGAGAACAACGCCUUCAGCUUCUCAUCUACCUUUGAAGACCCAUCCACAACUACCUAUAUGCAGUUUCUGAAGGAAGGUCUGCGGCGUGGCCUGCCCUUCCUCUAGUCCUAGUGUGGCUGCUGGAAAAU